AUGAGGCUCACGGAAGAUUCUAGGAACAUUCUCCUGAGCACACACCAACCCCCACUUCCUCCCUCACCACCCCUCCUGCCAGGACCUUCAGCGAGUGCCAAGGUGGGCCCUGCUCUCCACAGGGGCAUGAAAGAGAAGAAGGAGGAAUUCUGUGAGACCCCCAAGAAACUGGGUCUAUCCUUCUCCAUUGAGGAGAUACUCAAGAAACCCACCGAGAGGGACAAUGUGGUCAGGACCGAAGGGACAGGGGGAGAGGGCACUGGGCCAGCAGCAGCCACUGCCAGCCGACUAGAGAGGCUUCCACAUGACCAGCCCCAAGAGGGAAGGAAGAGCAAGCGGAGAGUCCGCACCACCUUCACCACAGAGCAGCUGCAGGAGCUGGAAAAGACCUUCCAUGUCACCCACUACCCAGACGUCCAGGUCCGCAACCAGCUGGCAGCCAGGAUCAACCUCCCAGAAACACGUGUUCAGAUCUGGUUCCAGAAUCAACGUGCCAAGUGGAGGAAGCAAGAGAAGAUGGGCAGCCUCGGAGCUCCUCAGCAGCUGAGUGAGGCAAACUUGGCCCCAAAGACAAAUCCGGAAGUGACUGGCCCCCAGCAGACACCUGCAGGUCUGCCCAGGCUGCCUCCACCCACAGGCUGCUAUCCACAUGUUCAAAGCCAGUUGGCCACUGCCUGGUUCCCUGCUCGAGUCACCGUCCUUUCCUGGUCUCCGUGGAUGAUUCAGCCAUGCCCAGGCCCUCUUUUGCAACAGGGCUUCACCCCUGCACCCCACCUCCUGCCACCUCCACACCCCGGGUGGGGCAGCAUCUGUGCCACAUCAACAUAG